AUGAGUCUUGUGACGAACCCGCAAAGCAUCAUUAUAGAAAACGGCGAUCUGUUAGAUGACCUUUACGAUGAGGGAAUCAGUAGGGAGGAGGAGCGCCUUCUUGCGGCUUUUCGUGAGAUCCGGGGCAUGAAACUCCACGGGGUGUGCAACAGCAUGGAGGUGGCGGGGCGAGGGGGGUUGCAACGAUCACGUGGAGCUGCACAACAGCGGCAACAACGGCAAGAACAUGAGGAAAAGGAAGAAGCAAGACGAGAAAACAUGCGACAGACGAAACCACGACACUUUGACCCUAAAGCUCUGGAUCGCCUCAACGUAUCCACGGUGGCUUCUCGAGCGAGAUCGCAAAAGAAAUAUAUAGAUCAAUUGAAGGAAUCGAAGGCGCAGAAGAAGUUGCUUUCGCCAAGGGCUGUCUCUCCCACUGCGACGAAGGCAGGGUUGCGCCUCUACGCAGCUGCGAUGGGGUGUCAGAGGCGCCGCGAGAACAGGCGGGCAGAGCAGGAGAGGCUACAGAAGGAGGAUGAAGAGAAAAUGACAUUUCAACCGCAGAUAUCAUCAUUUGCUAAACAGCUGGGGUGCACAGGGUAUGUGCCACUACACGAGCGCUUUAAUCACACGAGAGAAAAACUUGCCAAGGACAGGCUUCUUCGCGAGAGCGAACGAAUGAAUCGCGUCAUGGCGGGGUGCACGUUUCACCCCACGCUAGCUGUCACCUCGAGAAAGAUGGCUGCGAGGCGUCGAAAAAGUGAACCUUUCAGUGAUGCGGGGGAGCGCCUGUUUUUUGAGGGGGGAAGCCGCCUGAUACGGCAACAACUUCGAGAACGGAUUUUCGAAGAGUUGGCUGACAGUGGCGUGAUUGGCGACUUUCAGAUCUCCAACGAGGCUGCAGAGGAGUUGGUUUUGCGGUUGUGGAACUGGCAAGAGACUGCGGAUCGUAACCGGGAGGCCGCGCAGCGAGAGUACGUCCAACGUGCAACAAAGCCCUCUUCGUCAAGGUAUCGCUGUGUGCCACAACCACAGCAGGACCAAAAAUUGAGCCACAACCACACCUGUCCUUCAUCGUUGACGUCGAAAUCGCUUCCUCCGUCGGAGAACAAAGUACUGCAGCGCUUGCCGGAGGAUGACCUGCGCCGAAUCCGUUGCCGUGCUCUUUUCAGUAAGUACGCCUCCUCGGAAGAUUCUACCUCUGUUCAGUUAGCCGAGGUGAAGAGACAGGUACGUGAGCUGUUCCCUGAGGACUCCAGCAUUGUUGUGGCGUUGACUUCGCGUUUUGUCGAUGCCGAGGAGUUCAGUAAGACAGAUUUUGUGGAUAGUCUUAUGCGGUUUGAGCAGCUGCAUGGGCCACAGCCAUGGGGAAAUCCGAAAUGGGCCCACGCCAUGUCAGUCGCUGAGGAGCCGCCGUUAUUCUUUUCAUCGUCUUGUUCGGUAACACAAUGCCAAGCAGAGGCUGAAGCUACGUCGCUUGGUAACUUGCAACGAUCGAAUUUAACACAUGCAAUUCCUUUGGCGAGGAAGCGGAAGACAGAGAUGAAUGAUGGCAUGCUGUCAUGUUCUUCAUCCUACCGGCGAGCACCAUCUGCGACUUUCCGCAGAGGUUCAUCAGGAGAGGCCUUCAAUGACUUGCAGAGCUCUGAGCAGUGCCCCCAUAAGGGCCAACAAAAUGUGACGCAGUCGAUGACGAUGCAGAACGUUAGGGAGCGAACCGCUGAACAUGCUGCUAGAGAAAAACGGCGCCAGUCUUUAGAGCAAAAUGAGGCUAUACAACCUCAAAAACAUGAGGAGCUUUCGACAAGACAGCGUGGCAUUCCACGCGAGGUGCCCAACACACGUGAUACACAGGAACGGUCUUCGAGUCUAGGAAGUGUAGAGCUCUCGAGUAUCACAGAGGAAUGUGGAAGCACACCAAGCGCGAAACGGCCAGAUGAGAUUGUGACGGAGUUGGAAGCAUUGAUUGCCACCCCUCUGAAGCGUUCUGUUACGGCUUCGCCAAAGAGACCCAGUAGUCAAUGUGGACCCGCUCUCCAUGGGGACGUUGUUUCUUGCUUGCCUUCUUCACUGAGAAGACGUGCGCAGAACGUGCCUGUUCCUAGGGGCGCACGUGAUGUGGGUUACACAAAGGUGAAGGAGGGUCACCUAACACGGCAACAGCUCCUCAAAGAAGUGGAACAAGUCCUUGGUGUGGGAGCCGUUACCGUGGCAAUAGAUUAA